GUCGGAGGUGAGGAGACGUCGCCGGGUGAGGAAGCGGGGGGCUAGCGGCCUGGCGCUGCGGCGACCGACCGGGGCGUCAGGAUCCCUGGCCCCCGGAGAGCGAAGGGCGGGCGGGUGUCGGAGGUGAGUGCUGGAUGUGGUCUGUGUGCGGACGUCGGGAGGGGCCGCUGCGGGCGGAGCGAUCCAUUGCCCGGCUCUGCCAGCGCGCUCCUGGACUGCGAAGCCCCUCCCUCCGCGCGCAUCUGCUCCCGAGUCCCCAGCCCCGUGCUGAUAGGUGCAGCCCCUGGAGUCGUGGCUAUGGGCAUAGGUGCCAGGGAGGGGAGGCCCGGGUCGAAGGCAUAGGCAGAAUUGGAGCCCUGAGUUGCCAAAGCGUCGCAGCUAAGAAGCCGGAGCCAAGGCUAGUACCGGCGGGGCGGGGCGGGGCGGGGCCGGGAGCGAGCAUCUCCAUCCUUAGUUUCCUCGACUUGCGGCAACGCCACAGCUCGGUACAGUUCGGACCUCCACGCCGCAGCGAAAGACUUCUGUCCUCCAGGCACCUUCACUAACCCGAUGCGGAGCACUUGGCGACGCUUCCCUGCCCAUCUCAUAUCUCUCGGCUCAUCGCUGCUCUGGGCACCAGCUGCCUCUUGGCUGGCGCUGCUGUCACACGGUGGACUGUCUGGCCUUACUGAGCUGCCGUUUGGGGACAUCAGAUUCAGCAAGAAGAAUUGUAUAGAAAUGUAAAAAACAUUUAUGUGUGCUUCAAAUGUGGCAUGAAAAAAAUGAGGACCUCUGGUCAAAAUUGCCUGAGUUCAGAAUUUCAUGCUGGAAGGAAAGUUAGACGUAACUUCUAAUUUCUAGUUCCAGUAAGCAUCUCUUCUUGGAAAAUUUCCAAAAAAGAGUCCUGCUCUGUUGCCCAGGCUGGAGUACAUUGGUGUGAUCAUGGUUCACUGCAGCCUCGACCUCCCAGGCUCAAGCAAUUCUCCUACCUCAGCCUCCUGAGUAACUGGGACUAUAGGAUUUCUUUGAAGAAAAAUGUGCUUCUUGAAUCGACUGCAGUCUUUCCUCUGCAUAAGAGCUCUUAAGGGUACUAGCAGGAUAGAAGCAAAUGAAACUGAAAGCUCAUCUGCAGCUCAGAAAAGCAAAGACAUGGAAUUUUAAAGAGUGAAGGUAGCAUGGUGUCGGCCAUGGGUGAACAAGACACAGCCAGACAAUGUGGACCAAUUUCUUCAAACUACGGCUUUUCUGCUGUCUGCUUGCAGUGUUGAUGGUGGUGGUGCUGGUCAUCAAUGUUACUCAGGUAGAGUACUUGGACCAUGAGACUGUUUCAGCCACUUUCAUCGACAGCAGUGGACAGUUUGUUUCCUCCCAGGUGACGGGAAUUAGCCGAAAUCCCUACUGUGGCUAUGAUCAGCAGACCCUGUCCAGCCAGGAGCGCAUGGAGGAGGACUCCUUGCUGGCUGCCUUGCACCGGCAGGUUCCUGAUGUGGGCCCAGUCCCCUUUGUGAAGAGCACUGACCCUUCUUCCAGCUACUUUGUCAUCUUGAACUCUGCUGCCUUCUUUAAGGUGGGAAGCCAGCUUGAGGUGCUGGUUCAUGUGCAGGAUUUUCAAAGAAAGCCCAAGAAGUAUGGUGGAGACUACCUGCAGGCCAGAAUUCACUCCCCCAAGCUGCAGGCCGGGGCUGUGGGCAGGGUGGUGGAUUACCAGAAUGGGUUUUACAAGGUUUUCUUUACUUUGCUAUGGCCAGGCAAAGUUAAAGUGUCCGUAUCUCUGGUCCACCCCAGUGAAGGGAUCAGAGUUCUUCAGCGCUUACAGGAAGAUAAACCAGACAGGGUCUAUUUCAAGAGUCUCUUCCGUUCAGGAAGAAUUUCUGAAACUACUGAGUGCAACGUGUGUCUUCCUGGGAAUCUGCCCCUGUGUAACUUUACAGACCUCUACACUGGGGAGCCCUGGUUCUGCUUCAAACCAAAGAAGCUCCCUUGCAGCAGCAGAAUUACCCAUUUCAAAGGUGGAUACCUGAAGGGUCUCCUAACCGCUGCAGAGAGUGCUUUCUUCCAGAGUGGUGUCAAUAUCAAAAUGCCAGUCAACUCCAGUGGACCUGAUUGGGUAACUGUGAUUCCCAGGAGAAUAAAAGAAACUAACAGUCUAGAACUAUCUCAAGGCUCAGGAACUUUUCCUUCUGGGUAUUAUUAUAAAGACCAGUGGAGGCCCAGAAAGUUUAAGAUGCGUCAGUUUAAUGACCCUGACAACAUUACAGAGUGCUUACAAAGAAAAGUGGUGCAUUUAUUUGGUGACUCAACAAUCAGGCAAUGGUUUGAAUACCUUACUACAUUUGUUCCAGAUUUAGUGGAGUUUAACUUAGGUAGUCCCAAGAAUGUGGGUCCCUUCCUUGCAGUGGACCAGAAGCACAACAUCCUGCUCAAAUACCGCUGCCAUGGUCCACCCAUCCGCUUCACGACCGUCUUUAGCAAUGAGCUCCAUUAUGUGGCGAAUGAGCUGAAUGGCAUUGUGGGAGGGAAGAACACAGUGGUUGCCAUAGCUGUAUGGUCUCACUUCAGCACCUUCCCUUUGGAAGUGUACAUCCGGCGGCUCAGGAACAUCCGUCGAGCAGUGGUUCGGCUCCUCGAUCGAAGCCCAAAGACCGUGGUGGUCAUCCGGACGGCCAACGCCCAAGAGCUGGGACCUGAGGUGAGCCUUUUCAACAGCGACUGGUACAACUUUCAGCUGGACACCAUCCUUCGGAGGAUGUUCUCAGGGGUUGGAGUAUAUCUCGUCGAUGCCUGGGAGAUGACCCUGGCCCAUUAUCUACCGCACAAGCUGCAUCCAGAUGAAGUUAUUGUGAAGAACCAGCUGGACAUGUUCUUGUCCUUUGUGUGCCCCUUGGAAACCUAGCCUGUCUUGGAAGGGACUGGAGGAAUCAUAUUCAAUGACCUUCUCAAUUGACCUGAGUUACAGAAAGUGGCCCCAGUGAGAGAUGACUGCCCUUAAUAAGUAUAAAAUGUCAAAAAGAUCUGGACUUAAUAUGAUGACUUAUAAGGAGCUUAGAAAAUGCAGGUUACAUUUAUAUCUACCUAUAGGAUUUUAUCCAAUGUUGACUUAGCCAUGGUAGAACUCUUAACAGCAUCUACACACUAUAUUGCUCUUGUAACCAAAGAUGCUAAUGAGUGUAUUUGAAUUAGCUUCUCCUGGGAGGGGUGACUACUUUGCUAAAGAGUAUGAAAAAUGUUCUGAUGGAAGGGACAAGUUUGGUUGGUAGUAGAGUGUUUGUAGCUUAUCUGGUAAAGGAAAUUGAGUGCAUCUGCAUGCAUAGCACAAGUAAUCCAUCUUCUGGCGGUUAACUAGAGAAAGCUUAUAGUCAGAGGCUCUUGUGAAUGCACUGAAGACUGCUGUGUCUCAGGAGUUUCUCUUGAUGAUCUACCUUUUCUGAAUUACUUGAAAAGGACAAUGUGCUUGGUUCGAGUUUUUUAGUGAAUAUUUACAAUUUCCUGCUUUUAUCUAGAAAAGAAGCAAAAGGGAAAUAUGAAAGCAGUAUAUAUAAAAUCUGUGCUUUGGAAUUGAUAUUUGCAUUUGGUGAUUGUUUUUUAUUUGAUUCAGCUAAAUUUUAUGUGUUGAAUACUUACUCUAGAAUAACUACUUUUGGAACUGGAAGGGGGAAAUCUGUAAAUGGAAAUUUAUUUUUAUGUUCUGAAAUUUGAGGGUUUAGGAAUUGACUUUUGUGUAAAGAAUGCUACGGUAUUAUAAAGCUGUGGAAGUUUUUUCCACUAGUUUCAGGUGUUUUUUUUUUUGUUGUUGUUGUUGUUAUUUUGAACUACUUACCAAAAUUAGAAGUUAAAAUCUAAUUAGAAGUUAAUAAGAUACUAAAAUUCAUGACAGUU